AUGGCCGCGCCGACGCCAACCGUCCCCUCGCUCAAAGAAUCCUUCAUAACGGCGCAGACGAACCUCCUCUCACAGCCGCUCGCGCCAUCCCGCAUCUGGCGCCGCAACAACAACGCGUCGAGCCAGCCGAUCCCGACGCGCGUGCUCGACGACGCCCUCUUCAACCUCAACCAGACCAUCCAGCUGCACUGUCGGCGCGUCUACCCCCCGCAAGCGAGCUACAAUGUUGCCGAGCAGAUAAGCAAUUCGUACGCGAGGGACGCAGAGGAACGGGUCGGCAAGCUGAAGGAGUCGGAGAGCAGUAUCGGCCGCGAACUGGACCUGGCUGCGGACGAUGCGAUUGAGGAGCUGCCUUCUUCGUGGCCGAUCGAAACGGACCUUGAUAAUUACCCCGAGGAAGCAGAUCAGUAUGAGGCGAUCGUCCGCCGGCUGACCCAGCUAAGUGAGGAGCGGAAGCAAAUACGGCUUCGUGUGGAACAGCUCCGUCGCAUCGAAGCCGCUAUCAAGCCUUUGGCUAUCACGGAUGAAGUCACUAUUCAAGACAACUUGGUUACGCGCGACGGGCCCGUGGAGAAGGAGCUGGAGAGGAUGAGAGUCCUGCUUGCACGCGUGACAAGCCGGGUGGCCGGUUUGCCGGAUCACCCUGCCAACAAUCGUUCAGGGUCAAGGACUAGCUCAGUUGUGGACUUGGGGGGGAUGACCAAGUCGAGGAAGAGGAAUAUUGACAGCUUUCUUGCGGAUCCUCGAGUCUUCCCCUCAUGA